AUGGAUGUCGUUCAGGCGGUGGCUGGGUCCGUCUCCAAGAUGGUCUCGGCCGGAGACAGCGCCAGCGGUGCGGCAUCUUCCAAGAUGAAGAUCCUGUUACUGGACCGAGACACAGUACCGAUCGUCUCGACAGCAAUCACUCAGUCCUCCCUACUGAACCAUGAGGUCUACCUGAUUGACCGGCUCGAGAAUGCCAGCAGGGAGAAGAUGCGCCAUUUGAGAUGUCUCUGCUUUGUCAGGCCCUCUUCAGACUCGAUACAGUUCCUCAUCGAUGAGCUUCGCGACCCCAAAUAUGGAGAGUACCACCUCUAUUUCAGCAACGUCAUCAAGAAAUCCGCGCUGGAGCGGCUGGCCGAGGCGGAUGACCACGAAGUGGUCAAGCUGGUCCAGGAGCACUUCGCCGACUUCGUAGUCACCAAUGCAGAUCUCUUCUCGCUCGAUGUCCAUGUUCCCCAGCACCGGAUAUGGAGCACGACUCCCGAUAUGUGGAACACGGACACUCUGUCGCGAACGACAGAGGGUGUGAUAGCAGCACUCCUGAUGUUGAAGAAGAGGCCGCUCGUCAGAUACGAAAAGAACAGCUUCCUGGCCAAGAAGCUCGCGACCGAGGUGCGGUAUCACAUCAAUCAGGAGGAUCAAUUAUUCGAUUUCCGGAAGGUGGAUACGCCACCUAUUCUUUUAAUAUUAGACAGGAGAGACGACCCUGUGACACCGCUUUUGACGCAAUGGACGUAUCAGGCUAUGGUGCACCAUCUUUUGGGUAUCGACAACGGCAAAGUCGAUUUGAGCGAUGUACCAGAGAUUCGGCCCGAGUUGAAGGAAAUUGUGCUUUCUCCGGACCAAGACCCCUUCUUCAAGACGAACAUGUUCCUCAACUUCGGCGAUCUUGGCGGCAACAUCAAAGACUACGUCGAGCAGUAUCAGUCAAAGACCAAGAACAACACCAACAUUGAGUCCAUCUCGGACAUGAAACGGUUUAUCGAAGAGUACCCAGAAUUCAGAAAGCUCUCAGGAAACGUCAGCAAACAUGUCACCUUGGUCUCGGAGCUCAGCCGGAGAGUCGGUGCCGAGAACCUUUUGGAGAACGUUCAAAGGCUGAUCCAGUCACCGGCGGUGACGGUUGACAACAAAGUCGGCCUGGUGGCUCUGUACGCGCUGCGGUACGAGAAACAUUCGUCCAACUCGGUGCCUAUGCUCAUCGACCUUCUAUCGACGGUUGGUGGUGUCCCAACCAGAAGAGCGGAUCUUGUGGCCAAAUUGCUGGCAUACCACUCUUCCUUGCAACAAUCGCAAGCUGCGGGAGGUCUGACAGAUCUCUUUGACUCUGCUGGUAUCUUCUCAGGGGCUGGAAGCAGAUUCAAAGGAUUGAAAGGCGUGGAGAACGUCUACACCCAGCACUCGCCGCUGCUCGAGAUGACGCUACAGAACCUGAUCAAGGGCAAGCUACCGGAGCGGCAAUAUCCAUUCGUCGAAGGGGGCGGCACGACGAGGGACAAACCACAGGACAUUGUCGUUUUCAUAGUUGGAGGCGCAACGUACGAAGAGGCACGGACCGUUGCGACUAUCAACGCGUCAACCCCGGGGAUCCGGGUGGUGCUGGGCGGGACUACUAUUCACAAUGCCACUACAUUCUUAGAGGAGGUGGAGGAUGCUGUGUCGUCAUGGCCCGAGCCACCGCCAACCACAACGGCUGGGAGGUUACGAAAGGAGCUUGGAAGGAGGUAG